AUGGACGAGACCACCCGAGCCUUUCUAGCCCAGGCUAUCCGGGACGCAUUCACGUCUUCUGGAAUCGAAUACAACGAAGAGUAUAUUGAUUCUUUGAUUUCUAAAGUCGAUAAUGACGUCCUGCAGGCUCAUCUGGCGAGCCAGGACGGCAACACAGAAGACUCCCCGUUACGAACAGCCGGCUCAGCUUUACAAACGCCUCCGGCUUCACCACACAGAGGGCGAGGCUCCUAUCGGAUUCUGAAUGCACCAAAAAGGAACUAUGAAGAUCUUACAGGCGCAGAACCGCGGAAGAGAAGAAUGCGGCCUAUUCCGAAGAUUUCAAAAAAAUGUGGUGAUAAUUCCCCCCCUGACAGAAUUGCUGAUGAACCUAUCGAGGUGGGUUGUCAGAAUAUAAGUCAACAGCCUGACUACGACCAUGUGAAAGGUACCUACCACUUGGAUAUGCCCGUCGACAGUUCCUCGUCCUAUCAAGCAGACUCCGCGUAUACGGUGAAAGCAAUGUCAUCAAUAUUGUUUGAAUGCGCGAGGGUCAACUUCGCUAUUGCUCUAUAUGGGCAUCGAACGAGUGGUGCCCCAACAACAACGAAGCCUGACAAGAUCCGGAAAUAUGUCGAUGAGAUUUCGGAGUAUGAUUAUGAGAAGGCAAUUGACGUCAUCCGCAGAGACAAUGCUCUGGCCACAGGGAAGGGUCUGCAAAAUCGAUACAACGAAACAAUUUUCUGGAAAAUCAUUCUCAAGGUUGCUGCAUUGAUCGAUCAUACAAAGCUUCCGUCCGCGAAGGGACCUCCAGACGGAUUCACAAUGGCGGAAAAAGCUGCAACCAAGAAAUUCAUGGAGGAUGCUGGAUACGGGUUGGGCGCCGAAAACCAACGGUAA